AUGGCAGAGCCUGUGAUCAAAUUGCAAUACGGGCAGGAAAGCAUCCUCGUGGCCCGCCCAGAUCCAAAUUGCACACAAAGGCACUUCCACCUCUUCAACUCGUUCCACGUCACAUCCAACCCGCGGCACAUUCAGAGGGGAGGCAAGCCGGUCAUCUACGUCUUUUCACCGAUUGAGCGCGAGGUUUCGGUCAAGCUCUCGUUGGUACCCCAAUGGGAACUAUCCGCUAUAUACCCCGUGGUUCCCGUUAAACACAGCAUCACUUCAGGACAGGAACUGGAAUGGGUCGUUCGAACGUCGCCCUGCGGUACUCUGACUGAAAAGACGACCGGUUUAGACGUCUCGUAUCUAUUCUGGGAAGCCGACGUCCGACCGCCCUCUCCCCCGCCCUCUCCCCAGUUGGUCGCGGCGGACGGGAACGCCACAGAGCUGUUUGUCCCCAACGAAGCGCACCUGAGCGACGACGAUUCGGUACUUGUCCAAACGAGCCAAAUCACACCGUAUUUGGACAGUGCUUUGAAGUCACUCGGCCUGCACACGGAGGCGAGGACCUCCUUCAUCACGUACUGGCUUCCUUCGAUCCUCAAGCACCAAUACAUCGCCUUGCGAUUCCUCCCUCAAAGUGCAUACGAGAAAGCUGCACCGCUCCGAGUUACGCCUUCUCCAGACGUCGUUCUUCGAAUCUUCAUGCUGUUCAAGGGAGUCCAAGAGUCUCAGCUUGGGGAAUGGACGAAUGCUCGAACUCGACAGAACGAGGACGUAUCGCGAUGGAGAAGCGUGGUAGGGGCAGACGUCGAUCUCGCUACUAACUUCGACCUCUUCCGUGUCAUCGAGUGGGGAGGGAUGGAAGUAAAGGACUUUGUGGGGGCUUAA